AGGGGGCACCAAAUACCUCGCGCUCGCCUCAGGCCCGCUUGCCAGCAGCACAGCAGGCGAGCUGCAGACAGACUUGGCCCCCAGGGUAGGAAAAGAGAGGGAGUGGAGUGAGUCCCGCGCGGGGGCGAAGCACAGUCAUUGUCCAGUUGGCCAGGGUGGAGAUCGGCUGCAAGGUCCCGAAGAGAGAGACGGCGCACCAAACUGCAUCACACUUCCCCCGCAUCACACCGCCACACGCUGCCGGGACCACAAACAUGACUGCUGCAGCUGCGGAUGAGCUGCACGAGCGCUGCUUCCUGACGGCGCAGGCCAUGUCCAGCCUCAAGGUGUCCGAGCACUUCCAGGUGGUCAAGCUCCUGGGAGAGGGAUCCUACGGAAAGGUCAUGCUGGCCGUACACAGAAAGAGAGGAACCCCCAUGGCUCUGAAGUUCUUCCCACGUCAGUCUACCUCGCUCACCUCCUUCCUGAGGGAAUACAACCUCUCGCUUUACUACUGCACGCAUCCUUCCCUGACACGAGCACUGGGCAUCUUCUUUUCCACGCCGUCGCACUACGUGUUUGCCCAGCAGGCUGGCCUCUACGGCGACCUCUACAGCGUCAUCGUCUCAGAGGUUGGACUGGAAGAAGAAUGCGUGCAGAGGGUGAUGUCCCAGCUGAGCGGCGCCGUGACCCACCUCCACUCCCUGGGCUUUGUUCACCGGGACAUCAAACCUGAGAACAUUUUCCUGUGCGACAGCUCGUGUCGCUGGGUCAAACUGGGCGACUUCGGCCUGACCCGGCCCAUCGGCUCCAGCAUCUACGCCGUCUGGUAUGAGUCUCCCUUCUGCACCCCCGAGGUGGAGGCCGCCAAGGUGGGGGAGAAGGUGAAGGAGGGCGACGACACAGGAGAGGAGGAGGUGCCUAUUUGGAUGAUGGUGGAGCCGUCCAUCGACAGCUGGGCCCUGGGGGUCCUCACCUACUGCCUGCUGACCGGCUGCUUCCCUUGGGAGGAAAGCACCAACGACGACCCCGCCUACAGACGCUAUAAGGCGUGGUUUGAGCGCGAGGCCGGCGAACGCAGCGGGAGGGGCGAGCAGGAGGCGGACAUGGACAGGAUCAUGAAGGAGAACCACAGGAACAACCCUCCCCCCAAGCAGUUCCACGGCCUCAGCCCCCUCGUCAUGACGCUGCUGCGCGAGCUGCUCCACCCGGAGCCCCGGCGACGAGGGAGCCCCGAGGAGGUCCUGAGCUACCUGGGGGGGCCCUGGCUGAUGGAGACGGAACGGGAGGAGAGGAGAAGGGCGGAGGAGGCCGAGAGGGAGGCCAGGAAAGUAAGGGAGGCGGGGGGAGGAGUGGAGGAGGAGCUGCUGAGGGAAGGAAGGGGGGAGAGAUAAAUGUAAACGUCAACAUUAUAUACAUUAUAUAAUAUAUACAUUAUAUACAUUUUUCUUCUUUUUUUUAUUCAAACUAGUUAUUUUUCACAAUAUGCUCAAAUCCACCGAUGACACCUCGGUCACAACAUUAGGUACACCUGCACAAUCUAAUGAGACCCAAUACCACAGCGCUAUCAUUUAGCAAUACCAGAACACCCUAUAUCAUUUAUUGAUGUGGUAUUCUUAGAUUGUGCUAAAUAAAAAUGUCCAAAUAUGUCCAAAUAUAUUUACAGUAGAAUCAAAGGAAUGCUCGAGCAUGAAGUAUGAUGACAUGACAUGGGUGUGCCUAAUGUUGUGGGUGUAAAUGGAAGGUGUUAAAAAGAAGUGUCACUUCUGUUGUUGUAUAGAUUCCAGUGUGUAAAUAUGUACGUGUGUUUUAAUAAACACAGCAUCAUAAACACAACAAUGGCCACCGAUUGUACCUUCCACCUGCGCAUAGAUUUCAUCCUGCACGUCAAGUUAGAAAAGGACAGAUUAUUUCAUCUAACCUUCAAUUUUCAAAAAAAUGCGUACCGUAUUUUAUUAUUUACUUUAUUCUGUCUUAUACUUCAUUAAAAUACAUUUAUACUUUUUACUAAUUAGUCAUUGCUGUUCCACUCCAGUCCUCUGGGUGGCAAUAUGCAAAACCAAGAGGUUGGACUCUUUUAUAGGAUAAAUAAAACACAUCUGUGGAAGGAGCAGUAGUGAUUAUUUGUAUGUAUUUUUACGGGUGUUAUUUUAUGUCUAGAGGGCUCUAAUAAUGUUAACAAGCCUAUUUAGAAGGUGGUAAACUGGUUUUCUUUGUCUUAUACGUCUUAUUUUCUGUUCUUAUGUCUACUAUGUUGGGUAAUAGGAGGGUAAAGGUGACUAUAGGGGUGUUAUUUCAUGUCUAGAGGACUCUAUCCAUUCGUCCAUUUUCUUCCGCUUAUCCGGGUGCGGGUCACGGGAGCAGCCGUCUCAGCAGGGAAGUCCAGACUUCCCAGUCCCCAGCCACCUCUUCCAGUUCCACCGGGAGGACACCAAGGCGUUCCCACGCCAGCUGUGAGACAUAAUCCCUCCAGCGUGUCCUAGGCCUUCUCCUGGCUGGGCAUGCCCAGAACACCUCACCAGGGAGGAGUCCGAGAGGCGCCUUCCUGAUGCCUAAGCCAACUCAACUGUCUCCUCUCGAUGUGAAGGAGCAGCGGCUCUACUCGAUCGCAUUACUGCAGAUGCUGUGCCAAUCUGCCUGUUGACCUCGAGGACUGAAUGGCACGUAGUAGCGCACCACCAAUCCCGCACUCCCGGUGCACCCCCCACAGGACACCAAGAGGGACACGGUCAAAUGGCUUUUCCAAGUCCACAAAGCACAUGUAGACCGGUUUGGUAAAAUCCCAAGUACCGUCCAGUACCUUUGC